AUGGCAGGCAAGUGUGGUGAAAGUACGUGUUCAGAAAAACAAAGAUGCGUUAACUACAAAGAUACAUUUCUGUGCAUAGACAUCAAGUGUGUAGGACUUCCUAAUAUACCAAACGGAUGGGCAAAGCUUGACGCAUCUGACAAGUAUAACGACACCGCGUCUGUAUAUUGUCAUGAAGGUUUUGUCACAGAGCAGAAGUCCGUCAAAUGUCAGCUGAAUGAAAAGUGGGAGACGGCUACUUGCGAACAGAGAGAGAUUCCUGCAGUACAAAUAACAGAUUGUAAAGACAUUGCUGACAGAGACCCCGCCGCAGGCAGUGGAACGUACGAAAUUCAAUUGUUGAAAUCACGUGGCAUGUUGACAGUCUUCUGUGACAUGGAAGUAGACGGAGGCGCCUGGACGAUCAUUCAAAACCGGUUUGAUGGUUCAAUAGAAUUCUAUCGAAAUUUCACUGAAUAUGAAAAUGGUUUUGGUGACAUAAAUGGGGAAUUUUGGCUGGGAUUGAAAUAUAUCCAGGAACUGGCUAGCCAAGGUACUACCGAGAUUCGGCUUGAAAUGACGAGGAAUAACAAUGGGGAAGGUUAUGAAAAAUACAUGGACUUCAAGCUUGAGGGCACAAGUUAUACGCUGUCAAUACAACAAGCGUAG